CAGGGAACAGCAGUCCCUAGCCUGGCUGUGGGUCUGGUCGGAUUGGGUAGGUACAGCCAUGGCUUCUCUGGGCUUGGGGGUCGCCCAGGGUCCUGAAUGACAUGCAGGACGCUGAGCUGGACACAGAGACGGACACCCAGCUCCUGAAGAGGCCAGAGCACAAAGGGGAACAACAGUGGGCGGAGCAUGCUCAGCACCAUGAGCCCCCGGCUGUCACUGCUUCUGCUGAGGCUGCUGCUGCUCAUCAAUGCAGCGCACCCUGUUGGAGCUCUGCCCCGAUUGUGUGAUGUGCGGCGUGUGCUGCUCGAGGAACGGGCCGAGUGCCUGCGGGAACUCUCUGGAGAGAAGAAGGCACUGGGCCUGGAGACAGCAUCAGCCAUCGUAUUCUCACGGUCUGCUUCUUCGCACACGGUUCAUCAAGGCUGUGAGAGGUUUUGGGACAACAUGACCUGCUGGCCCUCCUCGGCACUGGCACAGACAGUGGAAGUGCAAUGUCCAAAGUUCCUGAAGAUGCUCUCUGGCAGAAAUGGCAGCUUCCUGUUGAAAAGGAUGUACGCCUCUCAUCUGUACCUGGCAUUCCCUCCAAAAAGCCUUCUUAGAGCCCCACACCUACCCAGGAAGAACCAGUACCUGGCCACAAAGCAUGCAUACCUGCUGAAGCUCAAGGUCAUGUACACUGUAGGCUACAGCUCCUCCUUGGCCAUGCUCCUGGUCGCCCUCAGCAUCCUGUGCUCUUUCCGGAGGCUGCACUGCACUCGCAACUACAUCCACAUGCACCUGUUUGUGUCCUUCAUCCUUCGCGCCCUGUCCAACUUCAUCAAGGAUGCCGUACUCUUCCCCUCAGAUGACGUCACCUACUGUGAUGCCCACAGGGCGGGCUGCAAGCUGGUCAUGAUCUUCUUCCAGUACUGCAUCAUGGCCAACUACGCGUGGCUGCUGGUGGAGGGCCUCUAUCUUCACACGCUCCUGGCCAUCUCCUUCUUCUCAGAAAGGAAGUGCCUGCAGGCAUUUGUGCUCUUCGGAUGGGGUUCUCCAGCCAUUUUUGUUGCUUUGUGGGCUGUCAUCAGGCACCUUCUGGAGGACUUUGGAUGCUGGGACAUCAACUCCAACGCUUCCAUCUGGUGGGUCAUUCGAGGGCCUGUGAUUCUGUGCAUCCUGAUCAAUUUCAUCUUUUUCAUAAACAUUUUAAGAAUCCUGAUGAGAAAACUUAGAACUCAAGAAACAAGAGGAAAUGAAACACACCAUUAUAAGCGCCUGGCCAAGUCCACCCUCCUGCUGAUCCCCCUCUUUGGCAUCCACUACAUUGUCUUCGCCUUCUCCCCAGAGGGUGCCAUGGAGGUCCAGCUGUUCUUUGAAUUGGCCCUGGGCUCCUUCCAGGGGCUGGUGGUAGCUGUCCUUUACUGCUUCCUCAAUGGUGAGGUGCAGCUGGAAGUUCAGAAAAAAUGGCGCCAGUGGCACCUCCAAGAGUUCCCGCUGCGCCCUGUGGCCCUCAACAACUCCUUCAGCAAUGCCACCAACGGCCCCACCCACAGCACCAAGGCUGGCACCUCUGAGCAGAGCCGGAGCAUCCCUGGGGCCAAUGUCAUCUGAGGCUGCAGCAAGUCACCAGCAGACAAAGGGUUGGAUACUCGGUAGGAUGGACAUGGGCCAGGUAGCCAUUUUGUGUUCGAGUGGCUGCACAGGCCUGUCCCCGAGGUCUGAGCUUCCUCAGAGAUCAAGCAAGAAGAGACUAGGACAUCCUGGAGCAGGAAACAGGCCUGGGAUUUGGUUUUUCUUGUUCUUCUAAGAAGAGCAUUUCAGCGGCCCCAGAAGGGGCAGGGAAAUAAAAUAACAUCCAGAAAAGCCUAGCC